AUGCUUUUUACUAUAUUUAUCAUCUUAAAGUUAUCCUUAUGUGAUUGGAGAUUGAUUUAUAGCAACUUUUACUCUGAAAGCAUCAAUACAGCAAAUGAUUGGGAUUUUAAAUAAAAUUGCUCAGUUAAUUAAAUACAAGGAUCAUCAAUAAAAUAAUGCGGCACUAACCCUUUAGAUUUUUUGAGGUUAAAGGAUGAUAGAACAAAAUUAGAAAAACAAUUUUACUAUCCUCAUUACUAAGUUAGACUAUUAACAGAUGUUAUUUAUUUUAGAUCUCUUCCAGGAGUGGAUUCCUAAUUUAAUAUAUUUUUAGUAGACAGUUUUAGUUCAACUUCCAUAUUUUAGAGACAAUACUAAUAGAAUGAUUUAUAAAAAUAUGAUAAUGUUUGUUAGUACAAUUGUGGAGGAGGUGGUGGUGGUGGUGGAUGUAGUAAUGUGGAUGAUAAAAGAGUGGAAAUUAAAACAGUAGCUUUAGACUCGAUAAUUCAUCAUACACCUACCUUCAACAUAUCAUAUUGUUAUAUGUAUUAGGAUUCUGAUAUGAGAAUUGGGUUAAGAAAUAUAUUGCUAUAUGUGAAACCAUGUCAUUUUUCAUGUUUGUCCUGUUCUGGAAGCACAAGUUCGGAUUGCUUAACUUGUUAUUAAGGAACGCUUUAAGGGGGAUUAUGUCUUUGUAAUGAAGCCAACUCAUAUGUAUCGCUACUAACGGGAUGUACACAAGAAUGCAAUCGAGAUUAUUAUUUAGCAGAUACUUUGAAAUACUGUUAAUUUGAUCCAAGUAUAUAAUUAAUUAAUUAAUAACUUAGGAAUAAAAUCAAAAGUAAGUUAUUUUACAUCGAAUUCACUAUCAAAUGGAAACCUAUUACCUUACGACCCAUGGACGUUUAUACCUGAUCCAUUUUACUUGAGAAAUUAAUAAAUGUUAUUAUCCUGUGGUGGAACAGAUCUCAUAGGAAAAUUUUACAAUUAUGAAGGAAUUUAACUAGAGUUAGCUUAAAAUAAAGCAUUGAAGUUUAUUCGAAUAAGAGUAUCUUUUUAUUUUAACGGUUGGCAACCAGAUUCCUAAUUAAUUAUUACAGCGGAUUCUUUUUCAAGAGCUACUAUUCUAAAAACAACUACCAAUUAUACUUACACCUAAUCAAGUUUGUCAUAUUUUAGCACCCUGAGUUGUUCUGGUCUCAAUUAUGAUUUAGUGAGAAUAGAGACAGUCCUUAAAACCUAUACUUAUAAUCCAGUAAUAAAAUUUCAAGCAAUAACAGGGUUAACGUCUGAAACCUGGGCUUUCAGAAAUGUUACUAUUGAUUAUGGAUUGUGUUAAAGUAAUUGCACAAGUUGUGAAACUUAUUCACGAUGCCAGAUAUGUGAUUCUGGUUAUUAAUUAUACAGAGGUACAUGUGUAAGCAGUUGUCCAAUAUACUCAAUUUUGUUAACUAAUGGAACUUGCUAAGAUUAUGAAGAUCUAAUUGAAAGUAAAGAUAAUUCAUAUUUCAAGAUAGUCGAUAUUUAAUUAAAGCAUUUUAUGAUAUGAAUACAACACUGGAGAAUCUGGGAGAUAUUGUGGAUAAUUUUACAGAUUUGAGCAAUGUUAUUCAAACUUCAUUCACUGGUUAAAUAUAUUCAUUUGUUCCAUAAAAAUCAGUAUUAGGAGGUGUGCUAGUUUGGAAAUCAGGAAAGUUUAAGAAAUCGUUUUAUUCGCUUCGUCCUCACUAUUAAGUAAGUUAUAGGCUGAAUUUCACUUAUGGGGAUGAGAAUACAGGAUGGUUUAAAUACAAAUUUCAUUCGUUCUAAUCAGCUUCAAUAACAAACCCGAAUACUGGAACAUAUAAUUCAGUUGGAGGUAAUAAGAAGGAGACAACAAAGUAUUACGAAAUCAUUUAACAAUCUCAUACAAGCAGUUAGUUAGACAUAGAAUUAUCAGCAGAUACAAAUCAAGGUAAUUUACAAGAUGCCUUCAUGUACGUUUCAGAAUACUUCGUGGUUGUUCACUAUGUAUCAAAUCAAAAUAUUAUUAGUGUGCUCCCUUUUGUAGUGGUCUUUGUCAUGGACCAUAAAUAGGAGAUUGCGAUUCUGUAUACACUGGACAUAAUACUACAAAUUAUUGUGCUUCAAAUGAAUAUUUGAAUUUUGACACUAGCACUUAAGUCUAUUCUUGUUUAACUUGCUCUUUGUUAGGAUGUAUCGAAUGCUAAAGUUCAACAGUAUGUACUAGAUGUGAAUUCACUAGUACAAACCAAUUUAAUUUGGACUAGGGCUAAUGCCAAUGCUAUCCUUCAGCUUUUUUGUCAGGUACAUAAUGCAUUUGUAAAAAUAAUUAUUUAUUAAUAAGAAUGUGAUAAUUAUUGUGAAAGUUGCUUUGGAUCUAAUAGUAAUGAGUGUUAAAGUUGUGUCACUGAUUUUCAUAGAUCAAUAUUUGAAUUUGAAUGCAAAUGCAUAGAUGGAUAUUAUGAUGAUGGAUAUAAUCUAUAAUGUUUGCCAAUAUGUGGUGAUUAAUAAAUAGUAGAUGGUGAAGAUUGUGAUGAUGGUAAUAGUAAUCCUUUUGAUGGUUGUGAUUAAUGCCAAUUUUCAUGUUAAGAAGAAUGCUCCUAUUGUUAAAGAGGUAAAUGUUACGAGUGUAAAGAUAACUACAUUUUGAUACAACCUAUUUAUUACUGUAUAAAUAAUUGUGGAGAUUAAAUUGUCGUGGGAAUUGAAGCAUGUGAUGAUGGAAAUAUAUAUCCAAAUGACGGUUGUUAUGAUUGUUAAUUUCAGUGUUAUGAGCAUUGCACAAAUUGUUAUUUUGGAAUCUGUUUGGAAUGUGAUUAAGAGAAUGGAUGGUAUUUGACUGGAAGUAAUUGCGAAUCAGUUUGUGGAGACAAUAUAAUUGUUUACGGGCAAGAAGAAUGCGAUGAUGGUAAUUUCAAUCCCUUCGAUUUAUGUGAUUCCUGUGUUUUAAGUUGUGCAGAGUAUUGUGAUCUCUGCACUGAUGGUAAAUGUUAGAAAUGUAAGAGUGGAUUUUAAUAUAUUGCAUCAACUUAAUAAUGUAUACCUAUUUGUGGAGAUUUCAAAGUUGUUGGAUAUGAAAAUUGUGAUGAUAACAACUUUGUCAUAUUUGAUGGGUGUUAUCAAUGCUAAUUUAAAUGUUAGGAUUCCUGUACAAAUUGUUUGAAUGGAUAAUGUUAUGAGUGCAAUACCAAAGGGUGGAUAUUAAACUUAUCAACUUUAACUUGCGAGUCAGUUCUUGAUGAUAAUAUUAAUAUUAUUUCUGAUGAAUAAUGCGAUGAUGGUAAUAUUGUACCCAUGGAUGGAUGUUUUUAAUAGUAAUAUGAAUGCUAAGAUUCAUGUAUUUAAUGCUAUUUAGGAUACUGUUUAGCAUGUUAAUCAAAUUGGCAAUUAGAUAUGUUAUCUCACUCUUGCUAUCCUAUUUGUGGAGAUGGAAUGACAGUAGGCAAUGAAGUUUGUGAGGAUUCUAAUUCUUCAAUUUAUGAUGGAUGUUAUUAAUGUUAAAUUUAAUGUGAUUAAAAUUGUUAGAUUUGUGAUUUCUCUGUUUGCUAAGUUUGUUAAUUAGGCUUUACUUUAAUUAAUAAUCGCUGCGUAGAAGUGUGUGGUGAUGGAAUUGUAGUAGAAUAAGAGGAAUGUGAUGAUCAAAUUAAUGAUUUGGAUUAAUUAUGUAAUCAAUGUAAAUAUACAUGUAAUGUUGGUUGCAAAGUCUGUGGGUAGGGUACUUGUGAGCUAUGUGAAGAUGGAUAUUUACUAUAAGACUUUUAAUGUUAAUCAAUAUGUGGAGACAGGAUAAUCAGUGGAUCUGAAUAGUGUGAUGAUGGCAAUUCAGAUCCUCUUGAUGGUUGUGAUUAAUGUUAAUUGCAAUGUCAAUAAGAGUGUUUAGAUUGUUAAUUUGGCAGAUACUAUGAUUGCAAAGUAGAAUAUUUAGUUGAUAAUUAUUAAUGCGUUGAUCUGUGUGGAAAUGAAUAAAUUUCUAAGAAUGAAUAAUGUGACGAUGGAAACUUAGAACCAUUUGAUGGAUGCUAUAGUUGUUUAUUUUCAUGUGACUAAAAUUGUUAAGUUUGUUAAUCAGGAUACUGUCUACAAUGUAAAAAUGUUCAAUGGCAAAUCAAUCCUAUUGAUUUUACAUGUUAACCAUUUUGCGGAGAUAAAUAUGUUGUUGGUUCAGAAUAAUGUGAUGAUGGCAAUGAUGUUAGAUAUGAUGGGUGUUAUGAAUGUUAUUUUGAAUGUUAAAAUUCUUGUAUUAGCUGUGUUGAAGGGGAAUGUUAGGAAUGUGAUGUUGGAUGGGAUUUAAUAAAUAAAUUAUGCACUCCGAUUUGUGGAGAUCUUCUGAUUGUUGGAAAUGAGUAAUGUGAAGAUGGCAAUGAUAUACAAUAUGAUGGGUGUUAUGACUGUUAAUUUCAAUGUUAAGAUGAAUGCACAUUGUGUAACAAAGGAGUUUGCUAAGCUUGUGAUACAUUAGGAUGGACUUUGAUUCAUAACUAAUGUUUUCCGCUUUGUGGAGAUGGAAUAGUUAUAUCGCCUUUUGAGUAAUGUGAUGAUGGAAAUUAGUAAUAAUUCGAUGGUUGCUAUGAUUGCAAUUUUUAAUGUUAGGAAAUUUGUGGUGAGUGUAUAGAUGGAAAAUGUUAUAAAUGCAAUGAAUUAGGAUGGUUAGUAGAGAAAUUCAUUUGUGUUCCUUAUUGUGGAGAUGGAUUGAUAGUUGGAAAUGAAUAAUGUGACGAUGGAGCAUUGGUUUCAAAUUCUUGUAUUAAUUGUAAAUUGUAUUGCGAUUCAUAUUGUAUUGAUUGUAAUAAUGGCAUAUGUAAUUCGUGUGAUGUUGGGAGAUAUCUGGAUAAUAAUUUAUGUUUACCUUUAUGUGGGGAUGGUUUGUAUGUGCAUGAAGGCUGUGAUGAUGGAAACCUUGAAAACGGUGAUGGAUGUUCUGAUACUUGCAUGGUUGAAAAAGAUUGGGUUUGCAUCAAUACAAUGUUUAUGAUUAGUAACUGUUUUUAUUCGGUUUCACCUUAAAUGAAACUAGAAUUAUUAACUCAAUCUCCAGACAAUGUUGAAAAAGUCUUAAUUACCUUCAAUUAGCCCAUGGUCCUUAAAUAUAAUGAGAGUUUUGACGCAAAUCAUUAUUUUUAGGGGAAUAUCUCAAACUUAGUAUUUGAAUAAUACUUAAUUGAAUUUAAUUUCACAGUUUAACCAGAAUAUUAAACUGCAUAAACUAUUUCAGUAUAAGCUACUGUCACAUUUUAUGAGAACAUUGAAGAUCCUAUUUUAAUUGUUAUUCUCAACGAAACAGCCAUUGUUUCAGAAUAUUAAACCGUUGUAAAUGAAAAUGAAAAAGAACUUAAGUUAAAAACUCCUAUUGUUAUUUCUUAGGGUUUGUUAGAAUCAUCUUAAAGUGCUAAAUCUUUUACAAAUACUAUAAUAUAUUUUAUGGUUGCUUUGUCAGCUCUGUGUAUAUUGACUGGCUCUUUUGAAAUGUUUUGGAAUCUGAUGGACUUACUACAAUAUUUAUCAUACAUCAAAUAUGUAAAUAUCCAAUUUCCUACUAAUUUAAACAUCUAUUUUGAAGUUUUUAAAUUGAUAUCUAUAUAGCCAAUAAUGGAUGCCACUGGUAUCAGUGCUAUUUUUGGUUUAUUAGAUGGUAAUGAAGAUUAGGUAGUGUAAACAUCUGAAAAAUUUCUUGCAGACAAUAUAAAUGGCUAUUUUUAUACAAAUUUUUAAAGUUCUAUCUUCUGUUUCAUAGGCCUAUAUCUUGGCUUCUUUAUCGCAAAAUUUAUGACAUAAUUGUUAUAUAGGAUUGGUCCAUAUCAUAUAUCCUUAACAGGUUACUAUGUAGGAAAAGUCAUCUAUGUUGUGAGAAACUUACUUAAAUAAAGCAAACAGGAGUUUUAUUAUAAUGGAAUACUUCGAAUGGUUAUGUCAAAUUACUAUGACAUAAGCUUUUCCGUUUUUAUUCAACUUGUUAACUUCAAUACAACAUCAGUAAUUUUGAGCAUUAAUUCCUACGCUGCCCUAAUUGUUUUUGGUCUGUAGAUGGCAUUUUUCGCCUAUAUGCUAACUAAACAAAUCUCCUUUUCCAAAGAAAUCACUACAUCAAAAAAGGAGUAAUAUUCAGCCCUUUUCGAUGGAAUUGCUGAAUCAUAAAAUAUUUGGGUAACACAAUACAAUACAAUUCUACUACUGAAAAAAUAAAUUUUUAUUUUUUUAAUUGUUUACAUGGAAUAUAAUGGAACUUUGUAAGCAAUUGUAAUUGCAUUUAGCUAAACAAUAUUUUUAAUUUAUGUAUGCAAAUUAAAACCUUUGAGUAACUUAUAUGAGUAUUAUAAAAUAUUGGUGGCUGAUUCCUUCUUAGCCUUCAACACAUUGCUCUUUUUAGCAUAUGCAUACAGAAUUUAACUUAAUCUGUCUGUUGAUGAUUACUUAUUAAUAGGCUGGUUUCAUAUUGCAAGUUUCAGUUUUAUCCUAGUGUUUUCCCUUUUAUGCGACUUAAAAAAUUAGGCUGCUCAGAUCUAUAAAAAAAUAGUGGCUCUUAUAACAGUUAAAGUACCUGUGUAGAACCAAGGAGCCACUGUGAUAUUUUAUUGA